CAAUUUUCAGCGCGCCGUGAAGUUUAACCAAAUUUCAACGCAAAAUGCUCAAGAAAAAAUUUAGUGCCAUUAGUUUCAUUCAUGUGUCAAUUUAUUUAAUAUUAGUUUCCGUAUCAUAUCAGCAAUCGGAACCACAGCUAUGCAACGAUAAUUUUGUUUACAGUCCAAGCUCAUACAGAUGUGAAGAAUUGACUCCCGGGGGCCCACCUGGCAUUGCAGACACCCUUCCGAAGCCUGAAGUGCCCAUGGCUCCGCUAUUGCCAUUAUUCCCAUUUGGCCCACCACUAACGCCACGACCACCAGACCCUGAUGUCCCACCACCUCCUCGUCCCACUCUUCCCCCAAUUGAAACACCAGCACCUACGCCACCCCCGGUAGAAACGCCGGCUCCCACGCCUGCUCCUACGCUUCCUCCAGAACAACCAGCCGCGGAGACGCCAGCACCAACCAAACCUGUGAAGACGACUCUUUCUGAUACAACUGCUGCCACAACCACAGCGCCUCCAGUUGUGACCACAGCAGCCACGGUACCCACGACAACAACUGUUGCCACUACUCAACCUGCAGCACCAACCGAUACAACGACUGCACCUAGCACCGCAGCUCCUGAAGCGACCACCGCUGCCACAACCACAGCGGCACCUGCCGAUAAUACGAAAGCUCCGUCCGGGGACACAACCGUCGCUGCCGCAGCAACGACGAAGGCUGCUGGGGCAGGUGCGACGACGAAGGCAGCUGGAGGAGGGGCAGAAGCCACUGAAGCUGAAGCUGGUGGUGGUGAGGAAGAGGCGGCCGCAGAGAUGAUUAUGCCUGGCUUUGUAGAGGGGCUGUUGUUUGAUCCCCCAAAAAUUUCUACAAAAAAUUGGGUCUUCAAUAAUAAAGGGCCUCUGAGUAGUACGCAGGCUGUAAAUAGCAAAGGAGCUUCGACUAGUAAAAAUGCUGUAUUUAGUACAACCCGCUUUACUACACCUCCAGUAGUGCAGGGCUUUCGCAGCACGGCCAGUAGCAAAGGCAAACCCACACCUAGAGAUGUAGAGAAAAUUGACCCAAAAGAGCAGGCAACAACGCCGAAAGGUGUCGUAGGCAAAUUCCGCUUCCCUCGUCAAGUAGAUGACGGCGCCUCCUUUUCCAAUUACGCAUCAACUCCACCUGCUGAUUUCCCCAAUGAAAUUUUCCCACCCACCAGCUUCACCACUGCAGAUCAGUGGUCUACGCCAAAUCUGCUUAAUUUAACCGUUGCUGGGCCGCCUAAAGAUUAUUUCUUUACUGGUUUUGCAUCCACUUUCAUGCCAGCAGAGAACAAUCUUACCUCAACAAAAUCCUCUUUGGAGAAUUUGAAUUUUUUCGUUCCAACUGUAGCUUCAAAUUCUGGAAAUUAUUCGUCGAGUCUUUCAAGUGCCAGACCAAAUGAUUUAUCGACAACCGUAUCCACCACAUUUGCAUCGGAGGUAUUGCCACAGAAUAUUGAAGAAUACUGCUUGGAGUGCGAUGAUUCGCCCCCACAUCUUGGCAAAUUGUGUGAUUUCAACGAUGGAGCUUUCAUCAAUGCAUGCGGUAAAUGUGUUGAGGGGCGCACGGGUCUACCAGCGAAUUUGGGCCUCAAUCUCUGCGGCCACUGUGCCAAUCCCAGGCCAACAGACUGCGUCGGCCAGUGCUUUGCGUCCAACGCCACCGACAGCAUGGAUAGCUGCGGCCGAUGUUUGCCAACAAUGGCAGAGAACAGAGAAAAGUGUGUGAUUAUCACGACAGUGUUCCCGCCGCUGAUUGACAGAUGUACCACAAAGCAGCAGAAUGUCGUGCUUACACUCUCUGGCGCCGGAUUAAAUAUGCACAGCCUUGAGGGAGUACAGUGCUCGUUAAUGCACGCAAACGUUAAGUUAGCUAAUGGAGUGCUGAGAGCUACGCCUCGUGAAUCGUCCCUUGACGUGGAGAUAAAUGUUCCUCAGCAAGAGGGUCGAUUUAAAAUCAACUGCUACGAGCCGACAAAUGAACUCGUCUCGAACGGAUUUGUCAAUGUUGUGGACAGCUCCGAGCUGCCUGUCACCGGAGUCUCUCCCAACACGUUCUUUGUCGGCGUGGAAAUUCAGUUCAACGCAACCGUGCCGCAAGCGACUGCAAAUCAUCGUCUUCUCUGUGCUCUAUGGUCUAGAAAAGAGCUGAUAACGAUAGUCCCUGCUUUGGCCGAGGAAGGGUCAGUGAAAUGUGGACGCAUUGAGCUGACUGUAGCUGGAAGAUUUCAAUUGCGAGUCGUGGCUUCAGAAUACGCUGCUCUGGCCAAAAAUAAGUGUGCUACGAGUAGUGAAAUCGUUGUCAAGGCGAGAGCACCCAUUUUAGUCUCGUCCUUCAUUUCACCGGAUCUUCGGGCCAUUUGGUUCGAUUUCGACCAAAGUGUGGAGGGCCCUACUCAGUGUGACAAGAUUUUUUCUGCGUCCUCUAUAAAAGUUCUCGGUCGAGGUGUCGUCUGCGAGUACGCCGGGGCUCGUUUACUGGCCAAACUGGGCAAAGAACCGGCGAUCCAGUCAGGUGGAAAAGUGCAAAUCGUCGUGGAAAAUGGCAUCAGGCGGGCGGGCAGUUUAGACGCAGACGUGGCCGAGACGCUCACUGGUGUGUUCGCCACCGUUACCCUUCACCCCUCGGCGGUGGCCGUGCCGCGUUACCGAAUCAUCCCUUCAAAUCCCACUUGUGACGCACCUGCUGGCGCGAGUUCCGUCGCCGAAAUCCGGGUCGUGCCGGAAGACGGCAGGGAAUUGAAUGCGAGCCUUAGAAUUUCGUUCAACGGCAACGAAAGUCAGAAUCAGAGGCGAAACUUAUACUUGUGGAACACGAUUCGAAAUAUUGGAGAUCAGUUGCUUCAGCAGCAUCGAAGGGAAGGUGGAAGCAACAGAAUUUCAAUAAACACUUCGCUGUUAGUGCCCGGCGUCGAGUAUCGGAUAACUGUCUGGGCCGUCGACAUGCUGGGCACGCCAGGAGAGGAGCGCGAAGUUCUGGUCCAGACAGAUCUACAGACGACUCAGCAGCCAACCCAGCUAAUUAUCCUCGGCCCCGAGACGACACGAGUCGAUCUGGAGCUGAGGGCAGAGGCCAAACUUGUGUCUUGCGAUCCAAGGGCCGCCCCGCCUGCCAGAAUUAAGUUUGUGUGGGGAGUUAUGGCUGCUGGCGGUCCACUUCCAAUUAAAACGUCCCAACUAGGUCGAGUCCUUCGCCUGCCUCCCUUUUCCAUGAAAGGUGGCGUACCGCAUCAAAUAUCGUGUUCAGCUUAUCUAGAAUCAGAUCCAGCCACGCCGUUUGCCACGGGAUCCUUGGUCGUACUCACCAGUACUGUCGGCGUCGAGUCUCACAUCCCUGUAACCUCGAUUACAAUUGGCACAAAUCAAUUUUUGGAGAUCGACGGACGAGCCUCACGAGACUUGGACGCUUAUCCGGGGCCCCUGCAGUUCUCGUGGGAUUGCACAAGGGAGAGCGCAACUUGUGUGGCGCCGAGAUCAGGCGCGCCGACCUCGUUGCGAACUGUUUACGAGCAAGAAAUGGCGAAGGAGAUUUUAAGACUACCACCUGGUGCUCUGGCAGUUGGGGAGCACAUCUUUUCCUUGCGAGUGAGCAGAGCAAGUGGCUCACCGUCGGCUUCAUCAAAGACCCAAGUUAAAGUUCGAGUUGUUCGCGGAGCCUCCCCCACGAUUCGCCAGCAGAAACCACUUGCAAAUCCCGUAGACCCGACCAUCGAUACCCUUAUCAGAGUUCUUCUGGAAGGCCUAAGCGGCCGCUGCUGGGCCAAGUGGCGCGCCGUAGUCAAAGCGGCCGGGGAGGUGCCCAUCGAGCUGGACGACCAAGCAACCGUCAGUUUGUGGGAAGAGAAUUCCAAUAGCAACAGGGAACUCGUGCUGACUUUGAAGGCGGGAAAGCUUUUGCCUGGUGCUGCCCACCGCCUCGCUCUGGACGCAGCCUGUUCGCAAACACCAGACAGGGUGGCCGUGAAUAGGGCAGCUCUCGAGAUUGAAAUCAAAGUGGCCACCGUGCCUACACCGCCUGCUGUUUCUGUCUUCCCGAAAUUCGGAGAAGCUCUGAGCACACUUUUCACAAUAUCUGUAGAGUCGGAGGGUGCAACGACGUUAACCUCUGGCUUGGAACAACCCAGCAGAUUGGUUUAUGAAUUUGGAUUUCGUGAGGUUGGCAGCCUAAAGAUCCAACCAUUGCAAACUUCUCUCUAUGACUUAACCAGCACUACUCUGCUUCACUGUGAGGGUGGCGUCAGCGAGUGUUCGGUGGUGCCGGUGGUGAAAGUUUGCGAUGCUCACGCAGUUUGCAGCUCAUCCGAGGCGAUGCCAGUAAGAGUUUCCAAGCCGGCCGCAAUUUCGCAAUAUAAUCUAGAGACCGUGGCACUAAAAAUUGAUGAUCUGCUGGACAUUCGGAGGAUUGGCGCCGCUUACACUUUAGCUCGGGGAGCAAUUCAAACCGCAAGAGACGUGCCAGGGGCCAACCAGGCAGCAUUAAUACUCAGCCAAAGGGUCGAAACUUCAUUUGCACGGACCAUAAGCGAUAUGGAGCGGAGGCUCGACAGCGGCAACGCCAACGCCAUGCUCAAAAUGUUGGACGGCGAAAACUUUUCCAACCAGCAGCACGAACCGGCCCCUCUUUCCACGAUCGCAAUCGCUUUGGAAAAUCUGAGCGACAGAAUAGAAGCUGCUCUCCAAACUCGAGCACCAAAGGUGAUGCCGCGGAGAUUUAUGGGCAGCAGACAAAUGGAGCCUUCGUGGCCCAAUCCGCGGCGCCGAAAGCGACAGGACGACGAGCUGGAGAACAAUCUCACCGUGCGAGAGGUGUCCGAAAUGGUGCAACAGUCGGAAGAAAUCAUUUUUCGCCACGGCUCCGGUGGCACGGCUCAAAGGGAAAGGGCUUUAUUAAGACGACGACUCGACUCGUUUUUGCGCUCUCUUUGCUCGGAGCAGACUUUGGUGCGCUCCCGCAUUGUGACUUUGAGCACGGCAACUCUGCCGCAGGUGGAGCGCCUACGCGUUCCUCUGCCUCACAAUCACCAAAUUAAAGAUGAAGAACCAGCGGCCUACGUUCAAGUGUCCGACGAUGAUGGUGUUGAUGACGAGACUUGCUUCGGCGUGUCGCUUAUCACGGAUGACUUUGAGACUGAGAACGCCUCAUGGAGUUUUCAAGACAUGCGAGCGGACACCGUAGUUAGGCUUCACACGUUCAAAGAGACGGGUCACGCUCAAGAGGUGGAAAUCGACAUUCCACUGGACGCUCCUGAGAGUACAGAUCAAAUUUGGAUGUGUGCUCGUUGGGACACCGAGAGCUACGACCAGUGGCUGACUAAUGAGUGUCAAAGCCUCUCAACGCAGCCUACUCGGUUGACGUGCCUUUGUCCUUUCCAAAGUGGCUUCUACAGCGCGGUGCUGACUGUUGCCGAAACCGCAAACGACGGCGAGUUGGCUUUCCAUCACGGAGAAAAACCCACCGGGCCACCAAAAACUAAUCCCGCUCCAUCCUCCACAGCCUCCACCCAGACGGAGCAAGAAAAAUUGCAUCUCGACGAAGAUGACAGAGAAGAAUUCCUCGCGCAAACCUUGUUUAUGCAGAAUAACGAGAAAUUGGUCCACCUGCAGCAUCCAGAAAAGCUCUCAACCCCCGGAACGGUGGAUUCGCUCAAAGCCGCGAUGAUCCAGCCACAAGGACCACCCCGGUCGGAAAAACUGUCCUCCAACUUAAUAACCUUCACGGUGCAGAGUGAUUUGCUCGUGGCUACACAGUUUCGACCCAUAACAGAACUGGAGGCGAAAAUAAAAAAGCAGUUGGCUCAGCAGAUACGCCUUCCAGAGAAUUCGAUAUCCGAAUGCACGAUAGAACGAGGUUCCAUUUCUGUCCGAAUAAGCCACCCGAAGGAUGAAGUAGUGAAAAGAGGAGUGAUGGAAUUAGUUCGCCUUUUGAAACUGGGACGUCUUGACCUGCAAGGAUUUAACAACGACCGCAUUCGAAUCGCCCCUCAGGCCGUGCCAGGGUACCAAACAGAGGAGGGAGGUAAUAACAACCCUACAGGGCCGUCCGGACCAGGAUUUGACCCAGGUGGUGUUCCCUCACCAUCCACCCUUCCUCCAACCACCAGAAGUACGUUUACUGAUCCGCCUGUGAUCACUACCCCCUCCACCCCUCCCACAACUCCAAGUACCACUCCUGAACCCACGACAAUUCGUACAACCACCCUUGAAACCACAACAACUCCUACAACUACUUUGGCAACUACACCUACCACCCCUCCAACCACUACCACAAUUCCAACUACCCUCCCUACCCCUCCUCCGACGGAGUCGACUUCUACAUCCACCCUUAAGAGCACCACUUUGCCAGCAACGAUUCAAAACCCAGCCGGUGGUCCAGAUACUAAGCCUGGUUCUGUGCCAGGGGCUGAAACCACGCCGACGACCACCAAAUCUACAACCACAGAAGCGGGCAUAUCCAAAGACGCCGAGUGGGUUGACGCGGACGUCUACGACGAAAACCUAAUCAAUGCCGACCAGAACAUGUUGUAUGGAGUUUACGCCGGAGCAGGGGCGUCUGCCCUCAUACUGAUCUUGGUCAUCGUCAAAUCUUGCAUUGACCUUUGCACCGACAAACCGGUGGAUUGGAGCGAACUGCCGGAGAACGGACAAAUUCCCGGCGAAAAGACGCGGAAGCCCGCCGACGACACGCCAUUGUACCGACCAAUUCAAUACCCAGACGAGAUACAGGCCGCCCUUGCCCAAGUCAACAGCGCAAUUUCCUUGCCACUCCAGCAAACGACUGGGUCAGAAUAUGAUCCAGAUAUUGAUUCGACGCUACCUGGGCGGCCUUAUCGCGUGCAAUAAAUCCGAGGAGGAAGCAGACGAAGAUCAGAAGGAUGAGGAGGGAGGCGGCGCAAUAUUUCUCUCUCGCCGUGUCCAUAACUCGUCCCUAAAAAGGAAAUCCUCGCUGCCGGCCUAAUUCAAUGACUAACGCUCGUGGAUCGACUUUAAUGAAAUACUAUAUAUCAAAGUUCCUUAAUAGACCAACUUAAGAAAGUCAUUCGGCAAACACGCGAAAUCCCUCCUCAUCCCUGAAUUGAUCUAUUGGUUUUUUUCCGCUGCUGUGCCGGAAUGAACUCUGGCGGCGCCGAGCGCUUUUUUAUUGUUUUACAACGGCGAGAGGUGCGUGUCGGUGUCAAAAGUGAAUAUUAAUAAAAUAACUUCCAGAGUGUACAGCUCUGGGCGAAUUGGUUGAUGCAUUUUAUUGCUGUCGAUAGGUUUCGGGGCAAAUCCAGCAACCGAGACAUUAGGUGCGGCCCUUUUUUUGACCAUAAAGGUAGCUCAGUUGACUCUCUAUAAUAUUAACCAACAAAAGCACCCUGUAUUUUUUUCGUUGGCUACAAUGUGUAGAGCUUCAAAACGAGGCAAAAUCUAAUAAAAUAAAUUUAGAGCGCAGAGAGCAAACAAGGCAUGCUAUCGAUUUGGCUUCAGCUUGUUUGCUGCCUUUGUAUUUAAUUCUAUGUAUAAGCGAAAACAGGUUAAAGUUACUCAAUAAAAUAUAU